UUUACCGUGACCGUAAAUCGCGGAGACUGUGACGAGGAAGAAUUCUAGCAGACAUCGCACGCUCAUCGGUGGAUCGUCGGAAAAAUCGCGAGAACGACGAGAAUAAUGUGCUGGUCAGCCUGCUUGCACGAAGGUGACUGAGCUGGAUAUUCAAGAAUGCAAUCUAUGCAGGAAAGCAUAUGUGCCAACGAUAUUGAGAGUUUGGAUACGGAUACUCUCAUACCAGUGGAACUUUUGGCUUGCGAUGUCUCCUCUCAUUCGAGACCACAGGAUGCCUCGACUAUGGUGGAACUUGGUAAACAGCUUUUACAUAAUGCUAAAAAUGGUGAUACUGAAGCUGUUCGUGAGCUCAUGUGUAGGGGUGCACCAUUUACCACAGAUUGGCUUGGUACAAGUGCGCUCCAUCUCGCCGCACAGAACAAUCACAUAGAUACUGCUGAUGUUUUACUUAGAGCAGGGAUAUCAAGGGAUGCUAGGACAAAGGUCGAUAGAACUCCCUUACAUAUGGCAGCAUAUGAAGGUCAUCAUCAGAUGGUACAGUUGCUGCUUAACUAUGGAGCAGACGUCAAUAGCAGAGACAUGUUAAAAAUGACUCCAUUGCAUUGGGCAGUAGAACGUGAACACAUAGAUGUAAUGCACAUUUUACUAGAUCAUGGAGCUGAUACGAGUGCAACUAGUAAAUUUGAAAAAACUCCAGUCAGUCUUGCAUUGGAACACGAUAGGCUAGAUUUUGUGGAUAUAUUACAACAAGAACGAGAGCUAAUAGGUAUUCAAGCUCAUCAACAGAAUCAGGUUAAUUCUGUAGAAUUGGAAGUAGCCACGAAUAAUUUAGUACAAUUAGAAGCUAAUAAUAGCAAAAGUUCGAUAAUAGAAGAGGAACAAAAGUUUGGAACAACACAGCAGCAACAAUCUCCACGUAAACGUAAACUUUCUCAAGCGCAAAUGGAGAAAAAACAAAAAAUGAUCUUUCAACAAAUUUCUGUAUCACCAAAUAAUACAGAUGGCGAACAAGAAAAAGAAAUUGAAGAUGUUGAAAUAAUUAAUGCGAAUAAUAUUAUGAAUAAUAAGAAACAUAAAGAUAUCUUAUCGAUAGGCAAACAGUUUAGAUUAUUAGAAGCACAUGGAAUCAGAAUGAUACCUGUAGAUGAUGAAUCGUCUAUUGUAGAAAAGGCAAUGGAAAGUGGGAGAACAGUAGUUUUAACAGAAGCCGGAAAAAUUGCUUUGAAUUUGACGAAAGGUUCGUCGAUUAAACGCCUUCAAGUUGCUUCGCGAAAAGGACCAUCGAGGAAAGUUAUAGCAAUUAGAACAGACCAAAUUCAAUCAAAAAUUUUAAAUCCAAAUUCUAAUACAUCUACGUCACGGAGUCCAAAUAUUUUGAAAAAAGCUUUUGAUAACAAACCAAUGAAGUUAUUAGUUACAACAGUUCCUAACACUUCAACAGCAUCUACUGUCACCGAAAUCAAGAAUUCUAUCUCGACAAAAGAAAAAAUUGCUCCGUCAAAGAUCGUGGAAUCAACAGUUCCACAAUUAGACGAUGAUAUAGAAGAAAUUAUUGAAGAGGACAAUCCAGAAAACAGAGAGCCAGUAACGGACAUAGCAGUACUGAAUAGACAAUUAGCAGAAGCGCGAAGACAAGCCGCCGAGUAUCGUAAGCAAUUACAAGAAAAAGAGAAGGAAGCGGAAAUAUAUAAACAGCAACUCAAGAACAUCACAGCGCAAAUAGCAUCUAAGUAGUUUUGUACAAAUAUAGAUUUCAUAUUCGGUUUCACAAUUUGCAAAUCGGAUUUCUCUUUUUAUAUCAAAAAACUUUAUAGCUUUGUUUUUUUACAUCAUGUAUUUU